AUGGCUGAAAACAAUGACAAUGGCAUCAACACUGAUGCUGAUCAAAAUCAAACAAUAACUCAAAACACAAACUCAAAUACAAAUCAUUAUGAUCCAUCUCUUCCUAACAGCCCAUACUUCAUUGGGGCAAAUGAAAGUUCAGGAGCCCUGCUUGUGACACAAAUGCUGGAUGCAAACAACUACCAUUCCUGGGCAAGGUCAAUAAAGAGGGCCCUGAGAAUCAAAAACAAGCUUGGGUUCAUCGAUGGUAGCCUCUGUGCACCAGCUGAUGCAGAAAAUCCAUUGAUGGAACACUGGCUUUAUUGUAACGAUAUUGUUAUCAGCUGGCUGCAAAACACCAUGACAGUUGACAUUAAGGCAAGCACACUCUAUGUGGAGACAGCACACCAGCUUUGGGUAGAGAUAGAGCAACGUCUUGCUCAACAAAAUGCCCCCAGAAUAUAUGAAAUCAAACAAGGCAUUGCAGCACUCAUGCAAGGACAUGACACUGUAAGCACUUAUUUCUCAAAACUCAAAACACUUCUUGAUGAAUUGAUCAACUAUGAGUCUAUUCCCAACUGCACCUGUGGGGGGUUAAAAACAGUGGUUAGUAAUCAGGAACGAGAUUGGGUAAUGAAGUUUCUCAUGGGACUUAAUGAAUCCUACAAAGGUCUUAAGGCUCAGAUUCUCCUGAUCAAGCCAUUCCCAAAAUUGAAAGAAGUAUAUUCACUAAUUCAGCAAGAAGAAAAGAGAAGGGAAAUCUCCAAUGAUGCUCUUGCUACUGAAGGAAUGGCACUAGUGUCAAGAAUGGAUAUGAGAGAGGUAGAGAAAAAAAAUACUGAAUCACCAAAGAAAUAUUAUUGCACCUUUUGCAAAAUGGCAGGGCACUAG